CAGGGGAGCCCGGGUGGACUAAAAACGUUGGUCACGCCUUAAAAGCAAGCGUUCUCCUCGCAUUGAGACGGCAAGGUUGUCUGACCAUAGUGUAGACCUAUAUCAGUAAAGAGGUCGUAGUUGGAGGCCUGAAGAUGCUUCUGUCUCCCAUCCGUUGUAUCAUCCUUCUUCUCCUUGUGAACUUCGUCUAUUCUGGACGAGUUCUGAGGAAGAUCAAGGAGCACGUGCGUAAAAUCCAGUAUGAGAAAGCGAAGAAGAAUGUGCUGAUGAGCGCAGUCAACGGGCAUAAACCCAUGAGCCAAGUGAGAGACGGGAAAAUUCACCAACCCCUGAACCACUUCGACAGUCAAAACGAUGAAACAUUUCCUCAGAGGUUUUUCGUGAAUGAAGCCUAUUGGGAGCGUCCUCAUGGCCCAGUGUUCCUGUUCAUCGGAGGGGAGGGCCCCAUCUCUGAGUUCAAUGUGCUGGCAGGCCACCAUGUGGACAUGGCUGAGGAGCACGGGGCCCUGCUUGUGGCCCUGGAGCAUCGUUUCUAUGGCGAGAGCAUCAACGAAGAUGGCCUGGAGACUGAGAACCUGGGAGACCUGUCCAGCCAGCAGGCUCUUGCCGACGUCGCAGAAUUCCAUCAAUACAUCAGCGAUCGCUUUGACCUCUCUGACAAGAAUACCUGGAUCAGCUUUGGAGGUUCCUAUGCUGGGGCCUUGUCUGCCUGGCUCAGGGGAAAGUUCCCUCACCUGGUCUACGGUGCUGUGGCCUCCUCUGCUCCUGUCAAAGCCAAACUGGACUUCUCCACCUUCAACAAAGUGGUGGGUCUGAGCCUUGCGGACGAGGACGUUGGAGGUUCAGAUAAGUGUGUGGGGGACAUCUGGGAGGCCUUUGCUGCCGUGGAGGCCGCCCUGUUUGCAGGGAAUGCCACUGAGGUGGGGAAGGACUUUGAGUGCUGUGAGAUCCCUGAGGAUCUGGAGGACCAGAUCGAGCUCAUGCAGAGCCUGGCCGACAUCGUCAUGGGAACCGUGGAGUACAACGAGGAGGGGGGAAUCCUGACUAUUGAGGAGAUAUGUAAAAUAAUGACCAAUGAGACAGAGACCUACGAUUCGGAGACUGAGGCAUACGACCGGCUGAUCAAGCUGGUGCAGAUCUUCCGGGCCACAGGCGAGGAGCCCUGUCUGGAUGCGUCCCACAAGCAGACCAUCGAGGACCUGAGUGACACCAAUCUGGACUCUGCCUACAAUGGAGAGAGACAGUGGUACUACCAGACCUGCACCGAGUUUGGCUUCUUCCAGACGUGUGAGGACGCCAGCUGUCCCUUCUCCCGCAUGUUGACCCUGCAGGCUCAGACUGACCUGUGUCCUGAGGUGUUCAACAUCCCCCAGCACAGUCUGCCCGGACACAUCGCCUUCACCAAUAAGUACUAUGGAGGAGACCACCCCGACACUGACAGGGUGCUCUAUGUCAAUGGUGACAUUGACCCCUGGCGUGAGCUCAGCGUUCUGGAAGAGGACUUGGACAAGGAGGACAAAGACAUGGCCAUCCUCAUCAAGGGCACCUCCCACUGUGCCGACAUGAACCCCGGCGGCGCUGCAGACCGCCCCGCCCUGAAGCAGGCCCGCAAAGCCAUUGAGAGGAAAGUUGCCAAGUGGCUGAAGGAAGCUGCCUGGAAGCUUGUGGGCUGAUGGACCCAACGACAGGUCACCUGAUCAUCUGACCGUCCUGACCAUCACUCAGCCAAUCAAGCUUUGGGCAGUGAAUCACAUGCUGCUGUGGACUGAGCCCCUCUCUUCAUGUUUCUCCCCAUGGGUCAGGUCCUCUAAGGUGGUGUUCUUCUGUUUUUUUUCUAACAUUCUUCUAGUGUUUUUCCUAUGGUUUUUCCUGGUGUUUUCCUAACGUUUUUCCUGGUGUUUUCCUAACGUUUUUCCUGGUGUUUUCCUAACGUUUUUCCUGGUGUUUUUCCUGGUGUUUAUCCUAUUGUUUUUCUAGUGUUUUCCUAACUAGAAGAAUGCUAGAAAAACGUUUUUACGUUUGUGGUUUUCUAACGUUUUUCUAACUUUUUAGUGUUUUUCCUAACGUUUUUCUAGUGUUUUUCUAGUGUUUUUAUAGCGUGCUUGAAUUUACUCCAGUAUAUAAGUUAUAGAUUUAUAUUUUAAUAGACCGUUUUAGUAAUUUUGGGAAACACUUAUAAUGCUGUACACAGUAUUUAAGUUUCCUAACUACGUACUAGUAGCGUAUAGCUAACCAGAGAGUCUCAGUAUAAGACGACUUUAACAUUAUGGAGUGUUCUAAGGUUUACAGAAUGUUCACACAUACAUUUUCCUUUGUCUGGAUUCAGUGAAGUUAUCUCAGAUAAUACAUUAUCUGAAUGUGUUUGAUAAAGCUUUGUAGCUUGUGUGGAUCUUUAUAGGAGGAGUUCAUUUGAUUUAAUCCUGCGAGUUGGAAAAGUAUCAUCAAUAAAAGUUUGCUGAUAA